AUGGCUGGUCUGAAUUUCGACAUCAUCAAACGGGUCGCGGCCGAUGCUGUGCAGGCAGCCAACUCGCCGUCCGGCCGCUCGACGCUGGCUACGACGGCGGCCGUCGUUCUGGGGCUGGCCACCAUCCCGUGCGUCAACCGGCUGGCGAGCAACUACAGCCUGGGCAACACCCUAUUUGCCAGCACACCGUUGGCCAGCACAGCGCCGGAAUGGUCUGACUGGUCCAAGGAGAUUGUGCUGAUCACGGGCGGCAGCAGCGGCAUUGGGCGGAUCAUGGUACAGGAAUUUGCGCGGCGCGGUGUCAAACUGGUCGUGCUGGACCGGCAGCGGCCGCUCGAGAGCGGCGUCGACGGCCCGUUCCCGGGGCCAGACCAGGGCGUGCACUUCUACGAGUUUGAUCUGACGGCGCCGGACAGCGAGCUGGAAACGCUGGCGGCGCGGAUCCGGCGCGAGGUGGGCGAGCCGACGGUGGUCAUCAACAACGCGGGCAUCGGCCACGGGCUGUCGCUGCUGGAGGCGACCAACGACCAGAUGCGGCUGGUGUUUGCCAUCAACGCCAUUGCGCCGAUCCGCAUCACGCGCGAGUUUUUGCCGAGCAUGAUCCGCAAGAAGCACGGGCACAUUGUCAACGUGGCCAGCAUGGCCAGCUUUGUGACGAUUGCCAGCAACGUCGACUACAGCUGCACCAAGGCCGGGCUGCUGGCGUUCCACGAGGGCCUGACGCAGGAGCUCAAGCACCGGUACAGAGCGCCCGAGAUCCGCACCACCAUUGUCCAUCCGCACUUUGUCAAGACGCCGCUGCUGGGCGCGGCCGCGACCGACUCGGACGCGACCAACUCCGCGCGGUUCCAGGGCGGGCUGCUGGACGCGAACACGGUGGCCAUUGGCGUCGUGAACCAGGUGCUCGCAGGACGCAGCGGCCAGCUUUUCUAUCCGCCCAAGUUCGCCUCGGGCACGCUGAUCCGGGCGAUGCCGACGUGGCUGCAGGAGCACAUCCGUGGCACCUUUGCGACCGUCUUUGUGCGGCCGAUGGCCAUGGGCGAGAAGAAGUAG